AUGGCCGAAAAAAUGGAAGAAAAUAAGGGAGAAAAUCUCUUUCCUGAAAUUGGCGAAGUCGUUCAAACUGACGAUAACGAUGUAAAGCCCACGGAGAUCGAAAGUUUUUGUAUGAAUUGUGAGCAAAAUGGAAUUACAAAAUUAUUGUUAACCAAGAUUCCAUAUUGGAGGGAGAUUGUGAUUAUGAGCUUUAAUUGCGAGCAUUGCGGUAUGAGUAAUAAUGAAGUUCAAUUUGCUGGGUCGAUUGCUGAGAAUGGUUGUACCUACACUUGUAAAAUUGUUAGUAAAGAGGAUCUCGAUCGUCAAUUGGUAAAAUCGGAAACGGCAACCGUAAAGAUUCCGGAACUUGAUCUUGAAAUACCUGCCACCACGAAAAAAGGUCGACUAACAACCGUCGAAGGAUUGGUGUCUAGUAUCGUUGACGAUUUGUCUGCGGAUCAACCAAUCAGGAAAUCUACCGAUGAAGAAACAUAUAAUAAGAUUGAUGUUAUCAUACAAAAACUUUCUGGUUACUUGGAGAAUAGCGAAGAGUUUUCCAUAGCUGUUGAUGACCCGGCGGGAAAUAGUUACAUAGAAAGCCUGUGCGUUCCUGGCCCGGAUCCUAAACUUCACGUUCUUCAAUAUGAUAGGACUCCUGAGAUGAAUGCUGCAUUAGGAUAUUUAGAGCCUACGAACGAUACGAACGCUCCUGAAGAGAACACAGACGAAAUCCCAGAAGUCAUGAGGUUUCCAGCCAACUGUUCGCAUUGUUCCGCACCAACUGACACGAAAAUGCACCUAUUGAAUAUACCACACUUCAAGGAGGUUGUUAUAAUGUCGACCGUCUGCGAUUCUUGUGGUUACAAGUCGAAUGAAGUCAAAGCUGGUGGUCCCAUUUCACCUACUGGAAAAAGGAUCAUACUUAAGAUGGAAGAUGUUGAAGACUUAUCGCGUGAUAUUUUGAAAUCAGAAACAUGCGGACUAUCAAUUCCUGAAGUUGACCUUGAACUUCAAUCCGGUACACUAGGGGGUAGAUUUACCACGGUUGAAGGACUUUUAAGGCAGGUCUAUGACGAACUACAAAACAAGAUUCCGUUUGUCAGUGGUGACAGUGUGCAGAAAGAACGUAAAGCCACCUUUGAAAAUUUUAUGAAAAAGUUGAAUAAAGUCAUUACUGGCGAAAGCUUUCCUGUUCAUUUGAUAUUGGACGAUCCGCUAUCUAAUUCAUAUCUACAGAAUCCAUAUGCUCCAGAUCCCGAUCCGAAUAUGAAAAUAGAGGUUUACGAAAGAAGUUUUGAGCAAAAUGAGUUUCUUGGUCUUAAUGAUAUGGUACUAGAAAAUUACGGUGAAAACGAUUAG